AUGUCCCGUGAUGCUUUUCCGGCUAGCAGAUUACUUAUAGCUAGUUCAUUCUCUUUGAGUCCUCCAAACAUUCACCUGGCUUACGUUGUAUUUUCGCAAAUGCAAAGCCCUGAUGUAUACUCAUACAACAUUAUGAUUAAGGCCUUUUCACAAACUUCACAUCCACUUGAUUCCCUCCACUUUUACCACAAGCUGCUCCACCAAGGCCUAUAUCCCAAUGAGUACACUUUCUGUUUUGUGCUCACUUCAUGUGCCCAAGCCUUGGCUCUCCAAGAGGGCAAACAAAUACAAGCCCAAUUAAUCAAACACCUCUCUUUGGGCAGUGUCUAUGCUAGUACCUCUCUUGUUAGCUUGUAUGGCAAAUGUGGUGACAUCCGUAGGGCUUUACAAGCAUUCGAGGAAAUGCCUCACAGAACUGAGGUCUCAUGGGGCGCAGUAAUUGAUGCUUGUAUUGAUCAAGGUUUUUUGACGGAUGCAUUGCAAUUGUAUGCAAAGAUGAGGAGUUUGGGACAUUCAGCAAGCAAUGCAAUCUUGGUGGGGGCAUUUGGUGCUUGUGCUAAGCUGCAGGACUUGGCACUGGGGAGGAUUAUUCAUGGGCAAGUUGAGGCCAUGGGGCUACAACUCAAUGUGACCCUUGGAACAAGUCUGGUUGACAUGUACUCAAAAUGUGGAGCUAUCGAAAUGGCCAUGGAGGUAUUCUCUAGGAUGCCUGUGAAAAGUGUUGCAUCAUGGAAUUGCAUGAUCAACGGUCUGGCAAUGAAUGGUGGGGGAAGCGCAGCAAUUGGCUUGUUUAAGGAGAUGCAGGCGUCUGGUUUGGGACCCAACAGUGCAACAUUUGUGGGUGUCCUGCAUGCAUGCAGUCAUGGAGGGCUAGUGAAUGAAGCACUCGAAUACUUUUCGUGUAUGAGAGAGUUGUACGGGAUUGAAGCUAAUGUUAAGCAUUAUGGGUGCAUGGUUGAUCUCUAUGGCCGAGCUGGGAAGCUUGAGAAGGCCGUGGAUGUCAUCAGAACGAUGCCCAUGAAACCGGAUAUUGUAAUCUGGGGAGCAUUGUUAGGUGGGUGCAAGAAGCAUGGCAACGCAAAGCUUGGGGAGCUGGUAGGAGCACAGAUUAUGAAGCUGCAACCACACAAGGUUUCCGGGUGCUCGAGUCUUUCGGAUAUGUAUGCGAUGGAUGGGCGAUGGGAGGACGUGAUCAGUGUAAGGAGGAUGAUGCUGGACGUGGAUGUUGGGAGGGAACCUGGAUGUAGCUCCUUGACUUAA